CUGCCUCGCUCUCUUGUGGCAAUUGUUCUAGGGCUCGAUCGGGUGGUGACGGAAGAAACCGUGGGUCGCCAGGCUCUUCUCGCCUCUGUCGGUCGUCGGAUCUAUGGCGUCCCGGCGGCGGAUGCUCCUGAAGGUCAUCAUCCUCGGGGACAGCGGGGUUGGGAAGACAUCUCUCAUGAAUCAGUAUGUGAACAAGAAGUUUAGUAAUCAGUACAAGGCUACGAUUGGAGCCGAUUUCUUGACUAAGGAAGUCCAGAUCGAUGACAGGUUGUUCACAUUACAGAUAUGGGACACUGCAGGGCAAGAAAGGUUUCAGAGUCUUGGUGUGGCUUUCUACCGUGGAGCUGAUUGCUGCGUCCUUGUGUAUGAUGUUAAUGUCAUGAAAUCAUUUGAUAAUUUGAAUAAUUGGCGAGAAGAAUUUCUGCUUCAGGCCAGCCCAUCGGACCCUGAGAAUUUCCCUUUUAUAGUUUUGGGUAACAAGAUUGAUAUCGAUGGCGGUAACAGCCGAGUGGUGUCUGAGAAGAAAGCAAAGGCAUGGUGUGCUUCUAAGGGGAACAUCCCCUACUUCGAGACAUCAGCUAAAGAGGGACUCAAUGUGGAAGCUGCUUUCCAGUGUAUCGCCAUGAAUGCCCUCAAGAAUGAGCCAGAGGAAGACAUAUAUCUUCCUGAUACCAUCGAUGUGGCGGGUGGUGGAAGACAGCUGCAGCGAUCAUCUGGUUGUGAAUGCUAAGAUGAGAGUCUAUUGGCGUCAAUUCUGUCAAACAUUUGUUGCCUUUGCCAAAUUAUUUGUCUCAUAGUUCGUGGUGAUUUUUAUUUGGACGGUCUGCGUGUAUGUAUUGUAAUGUGUAAUCUGCUUUGCUAUCGGAUAUGAUGCGAUUCUUCGUAUUAUAAAUAUUUGCGGUAGUAAAACUGA